CCCUCCCCUCUCCUCGGGCGUGCGUGAGGAGGCGGCGGCGGCGGCGGCGCGUGGCAGCGUCUCCGUCCGUCUGCGCGGCCCCCUUCCUCCUCUCCUCUUCUUCCUCCCCCUCCUCCUCUUCCUCCCUCCUUCCUUCCUUCCUCCCCGCCCCUCUCCUCCUCCUCCUCCUCAGGCCGAGGCCAUGACCGACUUCAAGCUGGGCAUCGUGCGGCUCGGCCGGGUGGCGGGCAAGACAAAGUAUACGCUGAUAGAUGAGCAAGACAUUCCACUUGUGGAGAGUUACUCUUUUGAGGCUCGGAUGGAGGUCGAUGCUGACGGAAAUGGUGCUAAAAUUUUUGCUUAUGCAUUUGACAAAAACCGAGGACGGGGAUCCGGACGGCUGCUGCACGAGUUACUAUGGGAGAGGCAUCGGGGAGGCAUUGCCCCAGGGUUUCAGGUGGUGCAUCUCAACGCAGUGACAGUGGACAACCGUCUGGACAACCUGCGAUUGGUUCCAUGGGGCUGGAGACCCAAAGCCGAAGACAUUUCUAGUAAACAAAGGGAACAAAGCUUAUACUGGCUGGCGAUACAGCAGCUCCCCACGGACCCCAUAGAGGAGCAGUUUCCCGUGCUGAAUGUGACGCGCUACUAUAACGCUAAUGGUGACGUCGUGGAGGAAGAGGAGAACUCCUGCACAUACUACGAAUGCCACUACCCUCCCUGCACGAUGAUUGAGAAACAGCUACGCGAAUUCAACAUCUGUGGGCGCUGCCAGGUCGCGCGGUACUGUGGCUCGCAGUGCCAGCAGAAGGACUGGCCGGCUCACAAGAAGCACUGUCGGGAGAAGAAGCGAGUCUUCCAGCAAGAGCUCGGACCAGAGCGAUGACUGGCUGGCCGCCCGCAGAGGCCAUAGCCGCAAGGCGCCUUCCCGGAGGGCGCAGGGCAGUGUCGGCUUUGCACAGACUGCUCACUUGAAGCCAGAGGCACUGACAACGGGGGGAAAGAGGAGAGAGAGAGAGAGAGAGAGAGAGAGAGAGAAAUAUUUACAAACCAACCCCUGUGAUGCUUGAGGAACGGGACUGGCUCUCCCCUUCCAGUGUUAGCCUCGAGCAAAAAGACUACUGCGGAGGCUGUCCUGGCCGGAAGCUUCCCAAUUAUUUAUAUGUUAAUAUGUUUGUAAACUUGUGUACAGUUUUUUUUUUGGUUAGCAGUUCUCUUAUAUAGGACUCAUUUACUGUAAUGUUCGGGGUGAGAACACAUUGUUGGUCGAAAUAACUGUCCUGUAGCGAAAGCGUUGCCUCCCGCUGUGGCUGGGAGAAGGCCAGGGGAGCGAGCCCAGACAUCCGCCGUCAACUCUGCAUGGAAGCUGUGUUUUCGAGUAAAAGAUUGCAAUGGA